GCGCCAAAUUCGAUGCAUUGCAGAUACAACGUAAACAAGUGUGGAAAUGAAGUUUUUGUGAAACGAAACUGAAAUUCUAAGCUUAGACGCCAACCAUUAAUUUAGAUUUUACUUAAAUCUACCAGAAAAUCUCCAGCCAGCUGAUUUUAUCAUUUUUUCACAAUGUCAUCCAGGAAUUUGAUUACUGCUUAUCACCAAGAUCGCCGACGCUGGGCUUGGAAAUCACAAACAAAGAAUAUUGACGGUGCUCUGGAAAGCUGCUUAGAGCGUUUUGAGUGCCAGCGAGGGGAUGAGAUUCAUUUCACCACCCCUGAGUUUGUUGAAGGAAUUCCACCAUUUGCCUGUGAGUUUGCUGAGCUGCCUUCAAUAAGUAAUCAUCUAGCUGCAGCCGAUGAGGAUGGUAGGGUGUUCAUCUAUAACACCAACAAGUCUGGACCAGCCAAGCAGGUUCAAGAUUGGUCAGCACACAAUAAUGCUAUCUUUGAUGUUGCCUGGUCAUACACGGAACCACACAUAGUGACAGCAUCAGGUGACCAGUCUGCUGCCCUCUGGGACGUUCAGACUGCCAAACGACUGGCUACGUUCAAGCAGCACAAAUGCAGUCUGAAAUCUGUCAGUUUCCGGCCUUGGGAUGGGCAUGUUUUUGCCUCGGGUGCAAGAGACGGGAGCAUUAUGAUAUGGGAUGACCGCUGCAAGAAAAAAGGAAAAGGAUCAAGUCUGCUUCCUGUAUUAUGGGUUAGUGAUGCCCACAUUGACCAGACUACAGCCAAAGCUCAGCCGAAACGUCGCAGGAAGUUAGCACCAAACCUCCCGACCAUUAACUCAUCCUACAGCGUCAGUGUGGUGCUCUUCCAGAAAGAGGACAUCCUACUUUCGGCUGGCUCCGCAGAUGGGAUUGUCAAGGUUUGGGAUGUCCGUAAACUGAAGACUUCAGGAUCAUCAACCCCUACCCCUUCACAUCAAUUCCCAUACAGAGGCACAAGCAACAGAAAGAGAGGCUAUUCCUCAUUAUCGCUGACAUCAACACGAACCCGGGUGUUUGCAAGCUGCACAGACAGUGUAGUCUAUGAGUACGAUCUCAGUGGUGUGCUUCGAUCGCAGCCCGUCGCUAGGUAUCAGGGUCAUGUGAACUCUACAUUCUUUGUAAAAGCUGCCAUCUCUCCUGACGACCUCUACCUUUUAUCUGGGUCCAGUGACAACUAUGCUUACAUUUGGAAGAUAGGAGAGCCUGAAUCCCCUUCAGUGAUUUUAGAAGGUCAUGAUGCAGAGGUCACUUCUGUUACAUGGUGCCCAACAGAUUUCACUAAGGUUGUGACAUGUUCUGAUGAUAACACUAUGAGGAUAUGGAAGAUGUCUACCGGUGAGAAGGUUGAUGAUGAUGGGAUCAAUAGGGUCAUAGGAUGGGCCAAGAGAUGCAAAAGGAAAUUAGUUAAAGAGAGUCAAGAAACAGAAAGUGGGCCUUCACAGUCAUGUUCAGAGAGUAGCAGGACUACUCCUUCAACUGGUGAAGUGCCCCUUUCACCUCAACCCAGCCCUACACCAUCUAGCACAAAGAAGAGAAGGUUUAGUUUGAAGGAAUGGGUAACCAUCUCCCCCAAACCCUCAAGAUCGGCUUCCCCAGUGCCAUCACCCAAAAGACUCAAGAGUGAAAGCUCAGAAGAUAUUCAGGAUUCACAAAUAAAUGGACAGAGUGAGUCAGUCCUGAAGAGGAAGGUGAAUUCGGAAGAGAAAGAGGAAACCAGUGCUGUCAAGAAGAUCAAAAUUGGCAACUGCAAAGCCAAGUUUGCAGCAUCAGCGAGUUCCUCUGUGCCUGCAUCCGAAGUAUCUGAGAUUGAAGGUUCAGCAUGCAGCCAGGGAAUGCAAAAGAAUCAUGAAAGUGUAUUGCCUCAGAAGAGAAAGAUGGCUGCAGUCAAUGCAAAGGACAUUUGUACUGUGAAGAAGGCAAAAGUUGAUAGUGUAGGAGCUGCUUCAGGUUUGCUGGAAACCUUGAAAUGUGUUGAUGAUACAAGUGCAAUACCAAGAAGUGAUGACAAUGGCCAUGUGAAAGACACACCUCAUAGGCCACUUGCAAGGGAUCAUGAUGAUAGUAGCGAGAUUGGACAAGACAAAGAAAAUCUAAAGGAAGACAGUGUCAGAUUUGAUCAGCCAAAGAAUCCUCACACCAAUGUCCAACGUUCCCCUCUCAAGGAUGAUCUUCCAAUGAACAGGCCAAAGGGCAGUUCCACCUCAAAAUUGACAACAAAACGGAACAUUGCAUUCCACUUUCAGGCAUCUCCCAGAGCGAGUGAGGAGCAGGUAAAGCUACUGAAGGAGGAUGGGGGCAGUCCAGAGAUGCAGCAGCAGAACUUGAAGGAGUGUUUCAAGGAGAAGAAGAGUGGAGGACUUGUCCCAUCGAAAAGAAGAAGUAUUACCAGACCCAUUUCUGGUUACUUCAAGCCAAUUGAAAAGAAAUCUAAAUCAGAUACAUGACAGAGGCAGAAGUCCUUGUCCUUGUUUAAAAUGUGUUUUUCUAAAUUUGAAUAUGGGAUCUUGUUAUGAUAAGUGUAGCACUCUUCAAAUCGUAGUUGCCAUUGUUUUGUUAUUCAACGCCAUCAGUAUGUACAUAUUGUUUUACAUACAAUACAUGCAUGUGUGUCUCUGCAAAAGUAUUUCUGACUGAAACAGUGGAUUGAGGCUAAAUGUACAUUAACACAUCUUAUCAGUUUUAACCUUCAACACUGUCAAUGAGAAAUAAGUUUCACAAAUAAUAUUUGUGUGAGAGAACUUUGAAUUUCAUUGCCUACCCCUUUUCCCCUAUAUUCAUUAACUUAUCAUCAGGCUUGCCAAUUUACGAAGUUCCCUUUCAAAUAAAAAUGAUGGACAAUCUAUCUUUUUAUUUGAAAAAAAAAAUUUAAUUGCAAGAAACAGUGUUUGCAAUAGAAUCCAAUCAGGGGCCUGUGCCAGAAAGAGUUGCGAUCAAACAACUCCAAAAAUUAAAUGCAACUUCAUUUUCAGCCAAUGAAAUGUUCAUAAGGGGACUUGCAAUUGAUUUGUUUCUUAUGUUCAAUCGCAACUCUUUCUGCAACAUAUAUCUCUUGACUUUGACUACCUUGUCUUCAGUGAAUUCAGUGACCACUUGCUAUAGCUUUUACAGACUCAUUUUUAAAUUCAUUCUGUAAAGGAGAACUGAAAUUGUUUUCACAUUUCACAAUUCCCUAUACAACUUUUUUUACUCCAAGUAAUACAAGUUUAAACAAUGACAUGUAAAGAUGAAGAGUUAACUGUUAUAAAUGAAUUUGAAUGAUUGUAGAAUUAUAAUGCAACUGGCUGGUGACAUGCAUGUAAAAAGCCAACUUCAGAAAUUUUAGAAUUUCUAUGAGUAUUGCAAGUUUUCAAAAACACUACUCAGGGGCCGCGGAACCGGGGGGGGGGGGGGGGCUUUAGCCCCCCCCCCCCCCACUUUUUUCCAAAACUGUGUACAAAAAUGUAAAAAUGACCAUAUGAUUGUGAUUUUUAGCAUAGUCAGCCCCCCCCACUUUUAAAAACGUUCUGCGGCCCCUGCUACUUGUGAAGCAAAAUGUGCAUAUUGAAAGCAGUUCAUUCAUAAAGACCUAAAACAUUUAUGAAUAUUUGUCACUUUAGAGGGGGUGUACUUUAAAUCAAGAAGUUUGAUUAAAGGUAUAGUCUUAUAGCCAUAUUGGAAAAAAUAUGCCAACAUGUGAAGAGAUUUUAGUAAUUCAUUUAAAUUUUUGCCGACCCACUUCUAUGUUUCUAGUUCAUCUUUCAAAGUUAAUGUGCCAUGGCACCUUUACACAUGAUUUUGAUCAUGUAGUUAUGUAAUAUACCCCCAAAUUAAUAAUUGUUUCCACACUUCACAGCUUUCAUUACAUGAUAUUUACCAAGUUACAUGUAGACAGUGUUAACAAUAUGCUUAUUGCUUCUAAGAUUUCCUGUGGGUUUUUUGUUAAUAAACAUUGAAUGGUCUUCAUAUUUGUGAGCAUGAAGUCAUAAGAUAAUUCUUAUGUUUAUGAAAAAUGUCAAGGUAAAUGUAUCAAGAAUAAUGCUCAUUUGCUGGA